AUGGCAAAGCAUUUCAAUGACGAACGUUUCAAGGCUAAUAAGGACCUAUAUACUGGAGGUGAAUCAUACAAAUGCGGAACGUGUAAUAAAGAGUUUAAGAACAAAACACAUUUACAUCUCCAUGAAAUGACUCAUACAGGCGAAAAACCUUAUCAAUGUGAAUUUUGUGAAAAUAAAUUUCGCCAAAAAUGUCACCUAAAAAGUCACAUGGUGGCAAAGCAUUUCAAUGACGAACGUUUCAAGGCUAAUAAGGACCUGUAUACCCGAGGUGUAUCAUACAAAUGCGCAACAUGUAAUAAAGAGUUUAAGAACAAAUCACAUUUACAUCUCCAUGAUAUGACUCAUACAGGCGAAAAACCUUAUCAAUGUGAAUUUUGUGAAAAUAAAUUUCGCCGAAAAGAUUACCUAAGAAGUCACGUGAUGGCAAAGCAUUUCAAUGAUGAACGUUUCAAGGCUAAUAAGGACCUGUAUACCCGAGGUGUAUCAUACAAAUGCGCAACAUGUAAUAAAGAGUUUAAGAACAAAUCACAUUUACAUCUCCAUGAUAUGACUCAUACAGGCGAAAAACCUUAUCAAUGUGAAUUUUGUAAAGAUAAAUUUCGCCGAAAAUAUCACCUAAAAAGUCACAUGGUGGCAAAGCAUUUCAAUGAUGAACGUUUCAAGGCUAAUAAGGACCUAUAUACUGGAGGUGUAUCAUACAAAUGCACAACAUGUAAUAAAGAGUUUAAGAAAAAAACGAAUUUACAUAGCCAUGAAAUGACUCAUACAGGCGAAAAAAAUUAUCAAUGUGAAUUUUGUGAAAACAAAUUUCGCCGAAAAUAUCACCUAAGAAGUCACAUGGUGGCAAAGCAUUUCAAUGAUGAACGUUUCAAGGCUAAUACGGACCUAUAUACUGGAGGUGUAUCAUACAAAUGCGCAACAUGUAAUAAAGAGUUUAAGGACAAAACGCAUUUACGUAACCAUGAAAUAACUCAUACAGGCAAAAAACCUUAUAAAUGUGAAUUUUGUGAAGAUAAAUUUGAGUGA